CCUAUACGAUUUAUGAGUUUCGAUGUUCAACUCCUUCCAAUACCAGAUGUAGGAUCGGAUGGUAUGCAUUGCACAGUAAUGAUCUACUGUGACCAGCGGAUGACUAGAAAACACUGAUAUCAAUAAGCCAUCCUCAUCAGAAUAAUUCAGUAAAUGAUUGGUGGCACCCUGCUCGGCCUGUCAUACCUUCCUUCUGAUGGUGCACAUUGACACACACGUGCACCCAAUUCUCCACAUCCUUUGCAUUAUAUUAGGUACCUAGGUACAUAUUGUCUUUGCCCCUCUAUCUUCCCUUCGCAUACCCGCGCUUCAAAGGCCCUCAAGUUCGCAUAUUACAUACCUAGAAUAACUUUUAGACAAUCGCUUAUUCCGGAUUACAACUGUUAAAUCUGAAGAACUUUUAUUAGAUGGUUUUAUGAGUUCUUGAGGUCGUUCGGUUAUUGUGCCUCAGGAGUCAGUAUAGCAACCAAUUUGGCCCUCUAGCAUAUUGUUGAGUCGGCAGAAGUUGAGUAGGGCUUAAUACCGACACCGGGACGUUGGCGAAUCGAGACGCUUUUCUACCUGUCAUUUACACUAGGUAGAUGAAGUAUUAUCCCAGUCCAAAAACAAAAUAAUACAGUCAAAAUAUAGCGAGUCAACUCACGAAGUAGCCAUCAUGGCACUCAGCACCGAUAUUUCUACUUCAGAAGUAGCUCCCAAGACAUCCCAUAUUCUGGCUUUACCAGAUGAGAUAUUGAAGGAAAUAUGUAGUCAAUGCUUCCAAUCCGAUUGGAUUUGCCUUUCGCUAGUCUGUAAGCGUUUCCGCGACCUUGCCGCCGCCCAACUAUAUCGUAACUUCCACAUCGUCUUUCCCGACGAGGAUGACCCAUAUUUCGAUUCCCCUAUUGAUGGCCUCGCCGGUGGCCUAGAAACCUUUGUCGCAAGCGAAUACAACUAUGCGAAGCACCUAAGGGAGCUCUCCCUCGAUACGCUUAGUAUUGGCGAUAGAGCUGAGCUUGCCUAUAAGCCUUACCUCGCUUCGGUAAGCUGUGGAAAGUUUAUGAACACCUUGUUGCUCCUCACCCUACGGAAGGCUGAAUCGCUUGAUACUUUUCGAUGGAACAUUAGAGUUGAGCUUAGCAGACAGGUCUAUAAAGCGCUGCAUAACAUCAAGUCGCUGAGACAUCUUCACUUGCGCCUACAGGCUGGCACCUCCAUAUAUCAGAUCCCGCCACCCCUUCCAAACUCUAAUGUACAGCAAUCUGAGUAUGAUGCUGUAACUACUCCGGUCACGCAAUGGGCCAACUCGACCAGUACGCUCUUCGAUCCGGCAACGGCUUAUGGACCCCCUCCAGUCCCAAUGUCUUUUCCAAGCCUCAAAUCCUCUUUGAAGAAUAAGCCCCCAAAGAAAUCGUCGAUCACUAAGGAGCCGCCGACUAUUGAAGGCUUUAAAAAUCUUGAAAGCUUGAGCGUCCUUGAUAUGGACAGCCUUGAUGUGGUAAAGGAGAUUCAAGUUUGUGUGCGUAAUUCUUCAUCGACCCUACGAAAGAUGAAACUGUCUUUUUCGGAUAGUCUUGCUAUGCAAGCAAGGAAACCUUGCACGGACGUAGAACUCGAUGAAUCCGAAGACGACGAAUUUCAGGUCAUGCCCAUAUCCCUGUCUGCUACUUACGAUGAUAAUGGACCCGCAAAGGCGUUUCAAGCACAAGAAGAACGUAGAAUCCAGGAACUGGUGCUAGGCCGUAUAUUUGAGAUAGAGUCACCUCGCACUAAAAUCUCUCGCUUGUCCAUCGAAGACAAGAAAGAAGACAAAAAGGAAGAGACGAAGAAGGGGGAUUCUGAAGAACAACCGGUUACAGACCACGGGCAACAUUUCAUAGAAAAUGUUAACAGAGUUUUUGAGCGCAUGGUAGCGCAUGUCAACGGUACGAGCGGAUUUACGUCUAUUGAGCAACAGGAUGCUUUAGACGCAAUUGCGAAAGCGGCGAGGACAUAUGUGAAUUCGGAGGAAUCCAAAUCAAGGCCUAAAACUUCGUCCAAAGACCUGCCCACCGAUGAUAGGCUACACUCAUUGCCCAGAACUCAUGAACUAGGGCCCGACAUGGAAAAGUCAGAUGAGUAUGAGCCACUUACUUUUGAGCGAAAGCCGCAUUCAUCAAUACCAAAGGAUUCGUCAUACGAGGCGAAUCCGGAUGAUAUCGACAUCGAAAUACCUGAAGAGCAAUUGACAACCGAGUUUCAGCGGAUUAUUGAAAUAACUUCAACCGAUAUAUGCUCGCAAAAUGGACCAUACAACCCAACAGAAGUGAGCAUAUUUACCCCUAAUUCAAUAGAACUGAACAGCACCACCCCAGAGCUCAAUACGAGUGGCAUGGAAGAUAUAGGGAGCGAACGAAGGGAACAUACUAACAAGCUUUAUAAGGGGAUACAUACAGGUGUUAUUGCCACAGGCGAUAACCGCCCUGAUAAAGAACGAGAGCACUCGGAGGGUACCGAUCGUAACGUAGAAGAGGCACCUCACGACAACGCAGUCCCAACCGAUGUAAUCACGAAAGAAAAGGAUACACUUCUUAGUAACGCGAAUACGUAUGUACGUGAUACAAGAGGCAUCGGACUCCACUCUCUCAGUAUCCAUCUUAUCCCAAUCAAAGCUUCGGUAUUAGGAAAGGCUAUAGAUCUACAUUCGUUGAAGCGAAUUACUCUGCUUAACGUGGGUGAGCAAAAGAAAUUUUGGGCAAUGAUGGCGAAAGAGAAUAGCUUAAAGCCACUUCCCCUACAAAAGGUCUUUACAGACGAUGUCAGUUUGCAGUUUCUACAUCUCAUUUCGCAGCUUGACUGCGUUAGGGAGGUAUUCUUGCUUCAGCGGUCGCCGAAGUAUAAGCCGGAAAGCUUUGCGCCAAACCCUGGCACAACCAUUGAACAAAUCCGACAUUUUGUUCUUAAAAAGCACAUGCAUUCUCUCAGGCGUCUUAUGAUCAAGAACCAAGCUGACAGCUCAUGGGAUGUGGACGAAAAAACCAUACAACAUAUCUGCAGGCGUGGCAAGGUGCUUGAAGAACUAGCCGUGAUAAUGGGAAUGCGCGCAAUUCAUACUUUAAUCCAGCGUAUCGCUGGCCUUGCCAAUCUCCGUGCGCUACAGCUUAUUUCUUUUAGGACAGAAGACACAUGCCUUUCUGUCAUGCGUGAGACACGUCGCUUCAUAGUUGACGCUCUGUCUUUCCAUCCUGAACUAAAGCUCGAGUGGCUUGCGCUGGGUGACGACGAACGCGCUGUCAGAAUUGUCCGGAAACCGGGAGUUCCUAGGAAGUCAAGAGCGGACUCGAAAAAAGAAAAAGACAAGAAACAGGCUUCGAGUUCUAAUCAAAACUAUAGUAAUAGCGGGCUCUUUCCAGUCGCACCAGUAGAAUGGGGUGCUACAAGUGACAGCGACGAGUACGACGAUGAUGACCCACUACUAAGAGUCAAGCUCGAACUUGUUGAACCUUUCUCAUUCUACGACGUAUUUGGCGUUCGGAUCUUUAAGAAAGAAAUCGUGAAGGGUCGAUUAUGAAGCAGGAUUUGUGAAUUCUUCAGGGCUAUGAGGACUUUUGUGGACGCGUUUAGUUUUUCUCGGUUGGCAAGAUACCCUUUGAGCGUGGAUCGAGUAGGAUAAGGAGUUUAUGAGUUUGGAUGGAUAUUGCUCAACUUCCUUGGUAUUUAUACCACGUCAUUUGUGAUGGUCUUACCAGAUAUCUAGCUUCGUUAGUUUCUUGUCUGAAUACGAACUCCUUGUGAAUGUAUCACUGACUAGGACCCCGAGGUCGUCACUCAUGAAUAUUCAACCGUUACUUAGAAUAUCUUUUCUACUACUUAGCU